CACCAAGCCCUUCCCCUUCCAGACCAGUGACUGAUCAAUCACCUCAAAAUGCAGAACUCCGCGAUAAAUCGAAACGGGCUCCACCCUCCUUCCCUCACCCCUCUAUCGAAUAUCCACAAAGCGAAAUCCUACGAUACGCUGCGUUCUCAAGCUGGCUUUGGUAACCGGGUGCCAUAUCCAAACGCCUAUCUGCAAGAGAUUGAGAAGCUCAACCGAGAAAUCCUUGACUCGCAACCCAAAGACAUUCUUCAGUUCUGCGCCAACUUUUUCGCGAGGCGUUUAGAAUUGGAACGUACCGAAUUGCUCUACACACAUUCCAUCGACCGCAAGAUGUCUGGAACUACAUUCCCCGGACGGAUGGGAGCAAACUCCAACCCUUUCGGUGCGCCCGAGAAGGAAAGAAAGACGAGUGGCAUUAUGAAGGUCAUGGAAGAAGACGAAAACGAUUCAGUUGCUUCGCCUGCAACCUCAAACUUUAGCUUCGGAGGAGGAGCACCUACAUUUACUUCUUCGUUCGGUGGUGAUGCAGCAGGGCCACCAUCUUCUUUCAAACCAGCUAGUACAGAGGGCUUCCCAGCACAUUACGGCAUGGGUAGACGAACAUCAGUAUCUGCAGAGUCGUUGAACCCAACUGCAUCAGCUAACGACAACUGGUCUCCUCCAUUCCAUCCAAAAAGUGCGGAUCAGAUUUCGAGGCUAAAGAAAUCGAUCGAGGGAAACUUCCUGUUUAGUCACUUGGACGAUGAACAAAGUUCUCAAAUCUUGGGUGCAUUGGUAGAAAAGCCUAUUCCGGCUAAAGAUAUCAAGGUAAACACUAUCUAGUCAAACAUUAUGGUGAUCAUCACUGACCUUCAAUCUAGGUGAUCACACAGGGCGAUCAAGGCGAUUUCUUUUACGUAGUCGAGAAGGGCUCCUUUGACGUGUACGUCAACUCCACGGGCGAGAUACAACCGGGUUCUGAUGGUCUCGGAACCAAGGUAGCAACUAUCGACGCUGGUGGCUCUUUUGGAGAGUUGGCUUUGAUGUAUAAUGCUCCCCGAGCGGCCACUGUCAUCUCUGCAGAGCCAUCAUGCACACUUUGGGCUCUAGACCGAAUCACCUUCCGUCGUAUCCUCAUGGACUCGACAUUCCAACGCCGUCGUUUAUACGAAAGCUUUUUGGAAGAGGUACCUCUUCUUUCCACCCUUACCAAAUACGAGAGAUCAAAGAUUGCCGAUGCUUUGGAGACACAAAAGUUCCCAGAGGGAACGACCAUUAUCCAAGAGGGGGAUGUUGGUGAAGCCUUCUACCUUCUCGAGAGUGGUGAGGCAGAGGCCUUCAAGAAUGGCACAAGCAAUCCCGUCAAGCAUUACCACAAGGGCGACUACUUUGGUGAGCUUGCUCUCCUCGAUGACAAGCCAAGACAGGCUAGCGUUAUCAGCAAGACGGAGGUCAAGGUUGCCACACUUGGAAAAGAUGGGUUUCAAAGGUUGUUGGGUCCUGUUGCGAGUAUCAUGAGAAGAACCAAGUAUGAGACUGGGGUGGAAGAGAUUGAUCCUCUUCACCAGAAAUAA